UUUUAUCAUUUUUUAAUUUUCUUCAAUUUUCAUAGUCUCGAAAUAAAUCAAAUAGACAAAUCUCUAUAUUUUUCACAUAUUUUCGCGUUCCUUUAACUAAACAUAUAAAAUUUAAAAUUUUUUUAUUUGAUACAGAUUUUAUACAAACUACAAUAAUUGCAACAAAUUCGAAUUCCAAAUCUUUCGACAAUAAAUAAAUGUAUAGGAAUUUUCAAGAAAAUUGUUAUUGUAUCGAAUAUUAUAGAAGAGUUCAUUGCUGUCAAAUCCAGCCUAUUUUUUGCUACAUUUCCUGCUGUCCUUGCCAAUCAAUUUGCUUUCAAACCUUUCGAAUUUGCCCUCGAACAUAUCGCAAACUUUCCGCAAUGCCACCAAAACUGAAUUCAUCAAGCGAAACAUCAUCAACGAAAAAAAGUGCAAAAUUGAAAAAAAGAAAUUUGAAAUCCAAAAAAGGCAGUAAAAAUACCAAACAGAAUACACAGUAUGUUGCCGAUGAAAUUUCAUUAGAAGACAGUAAAGCCAGUAAUUCAAUCUCAAGUAUUGAGUAUUCCAGAUACCCCUUUAAUGUCGGCAAUAAUGUGCGUUUAACACAUUCUGAAAGUGUAGUGGGAAGUAGAUCUGGUGUUGGAAGUCAUAAUAGCAUUAAAUAUUCUGACUCAUAUUGUAACUACCAAUGUCAUUGUAGACCUUUGAAUGGAUGCCAAGGGAAACCAGAAAUUAAUUUUAAUCUCGUCGCUCGAAAUAACGUACCCAUUAAGCAGACCCAUCCAGGGCGUAGAAAUUACACAAAAGUGAAUAAUGAGUAUUACUACAAUAAUUUGGUAAAUGUAAAAUCCCCAACAAGCAGCCAAACUCCCUCAUAUGAAUCCAGAAAUUCAUACUCAUCUGAAGCUAGUAUUAAUAGGAGGGUUUCGUAUGACUCUCCUAAUUCAUAUACUUCUCAAAUAAAACCAAAUAUUUCUACAAAAUCAGAUUGUAAAUCUUGUAUGGAAUGUCAGCACAUAGAUUUUACUAAAACAGCUUGUGUUCCAAAAUCAACACAACACCAGUCUUGUCAUUGUAACUGCAAUCUUUGCCGUAAAGCCUCACCAACUAGAACCAGUCCCUUAAGAUCGGCAAGACAUUCUUUUUCAUCCUCUAAAAGUUGUCCGCAACUGGAUAUCAUUAAAGAAGAAGAACCUGAAAAUGAAGAUCAUACAAAUUUGAGUAGUAAUAAAAGUAUUCCUGUGAGGACCGUUUCAAGAGAUAUUCAAACAAAGCCUGAAACUCAACCAAAAGCAACAUCAUCAGGUCCGUUAAAAAUGCAAAAAUCUUUAGAAGAUUCUUGUGCAGAUUUCUUAAAUAUUGUUUGUGAUAAUAUUUUGGAAUCCGUGCAAAAAUCUGUUGAUCAUAAGUUGAAGGAAUAUUGCGGCAAUGUUAAAGAAAAUUUUGAGAGUCUGGGUCGAAAAGUUGAAAAGAGCGAGUCUGCUGUGAAAGGUGUGUGCUGGGAUAUAUUGGAAAAAAUGACUGAGCAAAAUAAAAAUAAUUUCGAACAAAUCUGCGCACUUGUACAAAAUCUAGUGGAAAAUCGAACAGCCAAUCAAUAUGCCAUGACAAGGAACAAUUGUCAAGAUAAAGAAUGUCAGUGCGAGUUCUUGGUUGAGGAAGAAAAUGCUGAUAGAGGAAAAAAUAUAAAUAAUGAGGAUAAAAGUAUGGAAAAAAACAUAAAAUCUGUCGUAAAAAGUGCAAAUGAGGAUAUUCGUAAGGAGGAAAACGCAAAUGAUAUUAAAUCAAAAUGGUGUAAUUGUUGCCAUUGUAAUGAUGCAUAUUUGACUCCGCUAUUAGAUCCAGAUAAAACGUAUCCCAGUAAAACAUCAGAAUCCGAAACCAUUGACACUCCUGCUUUGCCUAAGACACACUUGACCACCAGAUCUGCAGGUGGUUGUUCAAAUUGUGAAAAAUGUAAAAAAGAAAAUAUACAAUUGGUGAAAGUGCCCAUAAAUAAAAUACCUGAAGUAAUUUUAUCCAGAAGCUCAGUUGUAGAAGAGGAUUUGAAAAUUAUGGGUUUACCAAGUAAAGACGUAAAUACAUCCGAAAACCCAGCUGUAAAUAAUCACAGUUUAAAUACGAAAUAUAAUGAAACAUCUAUGGCGGUACCUUUAAAAUUUCCAGCACCUGAAUUAACUUCACCUAGCACUUCUGGAACAUUAACAUCUCAGCAUGUAUCGGGUACUACUGAAAGGGACACAAGUCUUCCAAAAUAUACAACUUUUUGUUUAACACCUACGGGAAAGACUAUUUUCAAUUGCAACUGUUCUGCUAUGGGAUAUGAUAAUAAUGAAAAUAAACAGAUUUGUGCUUGUAAAAUCUCCAACGAUACAAAUAUGGAACUUAAGCCAAUUUGCAGAAAUCUUUACGAUAACUACGAUACCAGUGGUUAUGCCACCGAACCAGAGGAUAAUAAUGAUAGUACAACCAAUUGCAAUAGUGCUCGUAAGAAAUUGCAAAAGAAGGCCUCGAAACAACAUUGCAGUUCUCAAACUAUGGAUAUGGGAAAUUCUGGUAGUGGCUAUGAUUAUGGCAACGAGAUGCGCGGCAGUCACAUCGGUAAAAGAUUGAGUAAAACUAAUUCUUGUAAUCCCUCACCAACAAGAUUAUCGCGUUUGUGAUUAUGGUUUGAUAUCAUGAGUUCGAACAAUUAUUAACUGCCUAAAUGGAAUCUUGAGUAUUGAAUAUAUCAUUUAUUUGGAAUAUAAAGAAUUUUCUUAAUAAAAAUUAUAA